AUGGGCUUAUCAGCCAGUCCCUACGCCACUGAGCUUCACGCCGCCGUUCUUUCCGGUCGAAUCCUCGCCGUCCGUAAAUUCAUCGAUCGCGGUGCGCGCGUAACGGCGCGUGACAAGAUCGAUCGCACCCCUCUUCACUGGGCGGUCGCCGUGGGCCUCGAAGACAUUGCGAAGAUCCUCCUCAUAAGCACUCCUCCGCGCUCGUUAAAAGCCGGUGAUAAGUAUGGCCGAACUGUUCUCCACUACGCCGCAGCGUCGGGAAAUGUUUCUCUUGCCCGCGUGAUGAUCAACCGCGGCGCGUCGGUGAACGCGGAAGAUCAACGGCUGGUAACGCCGCUCCAUCUGGCGGCGGAGCAGGUGAAUCCGGGGAUGGUGCAGCUGCUGCUGGGCCACGGCGCGCUGUGCGGGGCGGCGGACGCGGAAGGGCGGAGUCCGCGGGAUUACGCGGAGCGGGUGGGCAGCGCGCACUGCGCGCGUCUGUUGCGCGAGGCGGAGGCACGGACGGUGGAUCGGUCGGCUGCGACGGCUAUGGCGGCGGUAUCGACGAGCGCGCAUCCCCGUGUACACCCCGUGAAGGUCGCAGAUCAGUCGAAGGGGAAUGGUACAGGGGUCCUAUGGGAGGGUGAGGCACGUGCGUCGUUAGCAUCACACGCGGAAUCGCCUGUUGCAGAGCUGCCCGCCGGUUCCGAUGCUCCCUCGCAGCUUAGGAUUCCGUUGGCGAACGUGGCGAACGUGGCGAACGUCGUGGAGGCAGAUACGGCGGCAAAGGGCAGCAUACCGGCAGCAGACCCGCUGAAAGCCACUGAGGCCAGUUUCCACGAUUCUGUGCCGCCGUGUCCUGAGAGGCUGGGUGGAGGGGAUGUGCGAUUUAGCAGGAGCGGUUUAGGAGGCGUGAGGUGCGGGGAGAAGCCGAGCUCGGGUUGGGAUGAAGGCUGGGGUGUGUUGGGACUGCUCGGAGCAUUUUGA